AUGGUAUGCGAGGGAAAGCGAUCAGCCUCUUGCCCUUGUUUCUUCCUCUUAACGGCCAAGUUCUACUGGAUCCUCACAAUGAUGCAAAGAACUCACAGUCAAGAGUAUGCCCAUUCCAUACGGGUGGAUGGGGACAUCAUCCUGGGGGGUCUCUUCCCUGUCCACGCAAAGGGAGAGAGAGGGGUGCCUUGUGGGGAGUUGAAGAAGGAGAAGGGGAUCCACAGACUUGAAGCCAUGCUGUAUGCAAUCGACCAGAUUAACAAGGACCCCGAUCUCCUCUCCAAUAUCACUCUGGGUGUCCGGAUCCUCGACACGUGCUCCAGGGACACCUAUGCUUUGGAGCAGUCGCUAACAUUCGUGCAGGCGUUAAUAGAGAAGGACGCUUCCGACGUGAAGUGUGCCAAUGGGGAUCCGCCCAUUUUCACCAAGCCCGACAAGAUUUCUGGCGUCAUAGGGGCUGCAGCAAGCUCCGUGUCCAUCAUGGUCGCUAACAUUUUAAGACUUUUUAAGAUACCUCAAAUCAGCUAUGCAUCCACAGCCCCAGAGCUAAGUGAUAACACCAGGUACGACUUCUUCUCUCGAGUGGUGCCGCCUGAUUCCUACCAAGCGCAAGCCAUGGUGGACAUUGUGACGGCUCUGGGAUGGAAUUAUGUGUCAACUCUGGCUUCUGAAGGGAACUAUGGAGAGAGCGGUGUGGAGGCCUUCACCCAGAUCUCCAGGGAGAUUGGUGGUGUUUGCAUUGCUCAGUCACAGAAAAUCCCACGUGAACCAAGGCCUGGGGAGUUUGAAAAAAUCAUCAAACGCCUGCUGGAAACACCUAAUGCUCGAGCAGUGAUCAUGUUUGCCAAUGAGGAUGACAUCAGGAGGAUAUUGGAAGCAGCAAAAAAAUUAAACCAAAGUGGUCAUUUUCUCUGGAUUGGCUCAGAUAGUUGGGGAUCCAAAAUAGCACCUGUCUAUCAGCAGGAGGAGAUUGCAGAAGGGGCAGUGACAAUUUUGCCCAAAAGAGCUUCAAUUGAUGGAUUUGAUCGAUAUUUUAGAAGCCGAACUCUUGCCAAUAACCGAAGAAAUGUGUGGUUUGCAGAAUUUUGGGAGGAGAAUUUUGGAUGCAAGUUAGGAUCCCAUGGAAAAAGGAACAGUCAUAUAAAGAAAUGCACAGGCCUGGAGCGGAUUGCUCGGGAUUCGUCUUACGAGCAGGAAGGAAAGGUCCAAUUUGUAAUUGAUGCUGUAUAUUCUAUGGCAUAUGCCCUGCACAAUAUGCACAAAGAUCUCUGCCCUGGUUACAUUGGCCUUUGCCCACGAAUGAGUACCAUUGAUGGGAAAGAGCUACUUGGUUAUAUUCGGGCUGUAAAUUUUAAUGGCAGUGCGGGGACACCUGUCACAUUCAAUGAAAAUGGAGAUGCUCCUGGACGUUAUGAUAUCUUCCAGUAUCAAAUAACCAACAAAAGUACAGAAUACAAAAUCAUUGGGCACUGGACCAAUCAGCUUCAUCUGAAAGUGGAAGACAUGCAAUGGGCUGACAGAGAACACACUCGCCCGGCAUCUGUCUGCAGCCUUCCAUGUAAGCCUGGGGAGAGGAAGAAGACGGUGAAAGGGGUCCCCUGCUGCUGGCACUGUGAGCGCUGUGAAGGCUACAACUACCAGGUGGACGACCUCUCCUGUGAACUCUGCCCCUUGGACCAGAGACCCAACAUCAACCGCACAGGCUGCCAGCGUAUCCCCAUCAUCAAACUGGAGUGGCAUUCUCCCUGGGCUGUGGUGCCUGUGUUUGUGGCAAUACUGGGCAUCAUCGCCACCACCUUCGUGAUCGUGACCUUUGUCCGCUACAAUGACACACCCAUCGUGAGGGCUUCAGGACGCGAACUUAGUUAUGUGCUCCUAACAGGGAUUUUUCUCUGUUACUCAAUCACCUUUUUAAUGAUUGCGGCACCAGAUACAAUCAUAUGCUCCUUCCGACGGAUCUUCCUAGGACUCGGCAUGUGUUUCAGCUAUGCAGCCCUUCUGACCAAAACGAACCGCAUCCACCGAAUAUUUGAGCAAGGGAAGAAAUCGGUCACUGCACCCAAGUUCAUCAGCCCAGCAUCUCAGCUGGUGAUCACCUUCAGUCUCAUCUCCGUGCAGCUGCUUGGGGUGUUCGUCUGGUUUGUUGUGGAUCCCCCACACAUCAUCAUUGACUAUGGAGAGCAGCGGACUCUAGACCCAGAGAAGGCCAGGGGAGUGCUCAAGUGUGACAUUUCUGAUCUCUCGCUCAUUUGUUCACUUGGAUAUAGUAUCCUCUUGAUGGUCACUUGUACUGUUUAUGCCAUUAAAACAAGAGGUGUUCCAGAGACUUUCAAUGAAGCCAAACCCAUUGGAUUUACCAUGUAUACCACCUGCAUCAUUUGGUUAGCUUUCAUUCCCAUCUUUUUUGGUACAGCCCAGUCAGCAGAAAAGAUGUACAUCCAGACAACAACACUUACUGUCUCCAUGAGUUUAAGUGCUUCGGUGUCUCUGGGGAUGCUCUACAUGCCCAAGGUUUAUAUCAUAAUUUUUCAUCCAGAGCAGAACGUUCAAAAACGUAAGAGGAGCUUCAAGGCUGUGGUGGCAGCUGCCACCAUGCAAAGCAAACUGAUCCAAAAGGGAAAUGACAGACCGAACGGCGAGGUGAAAAGCGAACUCUGUGAGAGUCUUGAAACCAACAGUAAGUCAUCUGUAGACUUUCAGAUGGUCAAGAGCGGGAGCACUUCCUAA